UUUUUAGAAUGUGGUGGUAAGGUUGAUUAACCUGCCAUUGGUGAGCUCAACAUAUGACAUGGUAUCUUCUGCCUAUGUGAACACUAAAGACAACCAUCCCUACCUGAAGUCUGUAUGUGAUGUUGCUGAGAAGAGUGUGAAAACGAUCACUUCUGUGGCUCUAACCAGUGCCAGGCCCAUCCUACAGAAACUUGAACCUCAAAUUGCCUUGGCUAAUAACAUUGCCUGUGUUGGACUGGAUAAGAUUGAAGAGAAGCUGCCUAUUCUCUAUCAGCCAUCUGGAAAGGUUGUGGCUAAUGCCUCAGAAGCAGUUUUUGGAGUCAAAGAUGCAGUUAUCCAGAGUAUUGCGGGAGUGGUUGACAAAACAAAGGGAGCUGUGCAGGAUAGUGUGGAGAUGACCAAGGCUGUCGUGAAUGGCAGCAUUAACACCUUUCUGGGAAGUGGUGUAGUAAAGGUCGUGAGCACCCGUGUGGACACUGCACUCACAAAGUCGGAAAGUCUUCUGGAACAAUACCUGCCACCAACUGAUGAAGAGUUGGUUAAGGAAGCAACUAAAACCGAAGGUUUUGAAUUGUCUAAGCCCAGCUAUUAUGUUCGCCUUGGAACCCUUUCUACGAAGACUCGCAAACGUGCUUACCAACAAGCUUUGACCCGGAUCAAGGAUGCAAAGUGCCGAAGCCAGGAGGCCAUUGCUCAGCUCCAGAACACAGUUGACCUGAUUGAAUAUGCAAGAAAGAACAUGAAUGAUGCAAAUCAGAAAAUCCAUGAUGCUCAGGAGAAGAUCUACAAUAAGUGGGUGGUAUGGACAAAAGGCACAGGGCAAGAUGCCAGUGGAGAACAUGAAAGCACAGAGCAAAUUGAAUCCCGCACUCUGACUAUUGCCCGGAGUCUUACUCAUCAACUGCAAACCACAUGUCUGUCUCUGGUCUCCAGUGUUCAAGGCCUUCCACAAAAUAUCCAGAACAAAGCUCACAAUGCUAGUGCCAUGGCUGCAGAUGUCUAUCAAAAUUUCCGUUCUGCCUCUUCCUUCAGAGAAAUGUCUGAUGGCCUCUUAAACACAUCUAAGGCACAGUUCACAAAAAUGAAGGAUUCUAUGGAUGAUGUGAUGGACUACUUGGUUAACAACACUCCACUAAAUUGGCUGGUGCCUGACUUCAGCAUCAAUGACCAUGCUUCAGAAACAGAUGGCAACACAGAUGUAUUGGUAGAGGAAGAAAUGCAAGAUUUCUCUGGAGCUAAUGGCCGUGUAAUAAACCAAGAAUGAGCUGAUCUAUUCACA